UAUUGUUCGUGACAUUAGUUGGCUGGAUUCUCUAGGAUAGGCCGAUGGGUUGUCAUAGGUUCGAAUUUCUGAUGGUAUUGAUAUUCUCCUGUUGUUGGUAUCGGCUAUGUUGGGUUGUCUGAUACUAUACGGCUACGCAAUGUCCUCCAUGUUUCAACAUUCAAAUGCAAUUUGUUGUCGGUUAGUAGUUUGGCCCAGGAACAUAAUGUGGCGGUGACUUUCUUGCGUGAUUUCUGCCUCCUCCGGGUCUUACCUACCAAGACACUGGUUGGCGUCGGUAAGCUCAAGGAUGACCUUUACUAUCUGCCUCGGUUCGGCGAGAAGUAGCUUGGUCAGGCUUGCAAGGUGACAAAGCAGUUGGCGGACUCGUCCGAGCUCUAGCAUACAUGGCUUGGCCACCCGGUGUUUGAUAAACAGAGUCGAUUGGUACAUUUUGUGGGUUGCAUUCUUUUGUCUUCGGAUUAUUUGCCUUGUUAUUCUUGUUUAAGGGAUAAACAGAGUUGCACCCCCUUCAUUAGUAGCACAAUCAAACAACUGGAUAUUUUGAUCUUAUUCACGUUGAUAUUUGGGGUCCCUAUCGGAUUUCUGCUUUUGAUGGGUCCCGUUAUAUCUUGACUAUAGUGGAUGAUUUCAGUCUUUCUACCUGGAUUUAUCUGAUGAAACACAAGUCCGAUGUUGAGCGUUAUCAUUUGAUGUAUUUCCAACUCGUUCAUACUCAGUUUGAGAAGGUGGUGCGCCAUAUCCAAGUUGACAAUGGCCUGGAAUUCCAGACCCACUCCUUUCGUGACUACUAUGAGGCGCAUGCCAUGAGUUUGAUAUGUUACAGAUGGAGAAAGUACGAAAAAGGAGCGAGUUCAUGUGUUGUCAUUCCGGUUGGGGAUGCAAACAUGGAGAUUACCCCAGCCUUCAUCAGCGCACAACAUCAUCCUCCAACCACUUGUACCGACACGCCUCAGCAAAAUGGCGUGGUGGAGCGCAAGCACAGACAUUUGUUGGAGACUGCUCGCGCGCUCAUGUUUCAUACAAGUCUCCCUAUUCGUUUUCGGGGCGAAUGAGCUUAUGUUUCUCCAGGUAACGUGAUUGUACAUUUUUGUUUCCCAUCUCUAAUCACGUUACCUAUCACCGUUUUUCUCACCAUCAUUGCGCUUUUUUGCCUGCUGUUUCUCAACACUUCAAGCCUCGGACAUAUGCUCAAGCGAUCAAAUUUUCCCACUAGUGAGAAGCGAUGCAGCAGGAGAUUGAUGCAUUGGUGGCACAAGGCACCUGGAACUGGAAUUUCUACCUCCCGGGAAGUAUGCUAUUGACUGUAAGUGGGUUCACAAAAUCAUGUUCUUGCCGGAUGGUACUAUCGAGUGUUACAAGGCUCGGUUGGUAGCAAAGGGAUUCAAUCAACUAGAAGGUAUCGACUUCCACGACACUUUUGCCCCCGUUGUGAAGUUGGUCACUUUUCGGGUUCUCUUGGCCGUGGCCGCCAAGCGAGGAUGGCCAUUGCACCAGUUAGAUGUGAAAAUGCGUUUCUCCAUGAUGAUCUGGAUGAGAAAGUUUAUAUGAAGAUUCCUCAGGGCUUUAGUCGCGAUGGGGAUCAUCGGGUUUGUCGUCUCUGGAAGUCUCUAUAUGGUCUUCGUAAACCUUCUCGAAAUUGGUAUACUAAGUUUACUGAGGCACUUGUGGAGUUUGGGUUCACUGUCUCGAAGGCUGAUCUCUCACUGCUUUUGUAUCGGCUCCAUGGUGACGUUGUGGCGGUCUUGGUUUAUGUCAAUGAUUUCGUGAUAACAGGUUCUGCCGUGGAUGUCAUCUUGCAGGUUAAUGCCUUCCACCAUCGUCGUUUCAGUAUCAAAGACUUGGGCGUUCUUAAGUACUUCCUUGGUAUUCCCUAUCUCUAAUUAUUUUAAAAACCUAACAAUUAAACUAAUUUCAAACUACCCUUAAUUUGUAUUGAUUUUAUGAUUGUACGGCAAGUGUUGAAAGAGUCUUUCAGCUUUGGGUUACAUCAAGAACAAGUUUACAAAUCGAAUAUGCGAUAAGUUCGUGAAUGAUUGUCUAGUAGUGUAUAUAGGGACAAUUUUUUUAAAUACUAUAGACACCAAGUGUAUUCUAUAAUUAUUUCCGAAUAUGAAAACACAUCAUGGAUUUUUUUAACCUGUACGAGUAAGGUAUUUUCAUAUUUACAAUUUUAUUUUUAUUAAUUAUUUUAUUUUUAAUUAAUUUUUUUAAAAAAAAGGACACCCCUAUAAAAAAUUUCUGGUCUGCCACUGUCUGGGUGAAAAUGCUUUCCGUUGGGAUGGGAUACAACAUCUAAGCUAAGUCACUACUAAUUCAAACUAGUAGUAGUUUUUCCCUUGGUUAGGACGGUGCUAACUAUUGUACAAUUAGCACCGUAACCGUUCCCCUUUCCGUUACAUUGUCUGUUGAUACAUCUGGUUUGGACUUUGGAGCCAAUGUUGAGCGAAUGCUGCUCUUUUGUUGUAAAAGUGGGCUUACAGGGACUACUUUAGCACUCAUCCCUCGGUGAGCUUACUAGAGAAAUGAAUUUGUGUUUAAGUCUGUGGGCUUAUGUUAUGGCCCAUUAGCUUCACAUUUCUACAAGAUUCAAUUCAUUGGUCGUAUUCGCAAAACAGAGCGGCUCACUGUGUGACCCGCUAUGCUUUUUAUUUGUCGCCUCGAUUGUUUCGGAGGUUUGACUUCUGUUCUUGGUUACAUUCCAAAAAUUCUUAAAUUAUGCUGAUCAUCAUGUAUCCGAACGAUUUCCUCUUUUUGAGAGCGAAAAAGAGGAAAAAAAGGAAGUCAAAUAGAUAAGACGUUUUAGCUCCAAGUGUUAUGUUUUCACUCGCCGCAUAGAAUUUGUUGAAUUCCUCCAUCCGGCUUAAACAUGGCUUCUCUUUACUACUUCCUUCUCACGAGUGCAAUGGCCAACGUAUUUAUUAAUACUUCCAUAAUAAUUAAUAAAUCAUACCUUGUUGACUGUUGACAAUCCUUUUCUGUUUUCUUGACAUUUGACGCUCAUGCAUGCAGAUUCUAAACCACAAAAGGACACAAGAUAUUUCACCUAAGCCAAAAAUAUGUAUUAUUUUUGUUACCGACACAGAAGAUUUCAAAAUAUUUAUUUUACCAUUAUAUGCAAAUUGUAUAUCUCAAAAUCAAAUUAUUUAAUUAGUCCAUAGUACCUUUUCUUUUUAAUCACAUCAUGAAUUCUCUGAUCAGGUUAGAAAAGAUUAAAAAAAAAAACAAUUGUCAUGUACUUUUAUGUUAUUAGAUAUUAUUUAAGAGAUUUGAACCUCGGACGUAGAGGCUCAAAGCUAGUGUUAUUACCACUAGAACAAUCUCUCGUUCGUAAGUAUGAACUAGAACACAUGGUACAAUUUAUUCUUUAAAGAACAAAUUGAUUUGAUUGUGUUAUGACUAUAAUUUCAUAGUAUGAACUAUGAACACAUGGUACAAUUGACUAGUAUAAUAAUUGGUAGGAAUAAAGAGCCACAAUGGUGAAACAAGUGACCUAGAGUGGGAGUUGUUAGGGAUGGUCUUUUGGUUACCAAGGGUAGUCGCCAACAUCAAUGCCCGAAAGCUUAUGUUCUAUUAACUUGCAAUUUGAUUUUGUGUUGUUAUAUUAUUUUUAAUUAAACAAAGAUAUCAUAUUUUGAGAAAUAAAUUUGAAAACCUGAAAAUUAAAAAUAAAUUUACUUGGAGUUUUUUUUUUUUUUUUAAUUCUUAACUUGGCAUCUAAAAUGAAAACCUAUUGAGUUUGGUUGAUUUUUGUGAUACUUGAUUGCUGCUUUUGGUUUUUUCUCAUUCAGUAUCGAACAACUCUAGUCUUAGUAAUAAAUCUUAUUAUUUCAA